AGAGGCAGGCCAGGCUUGUUCGCUUUUCACGCUGUUGUCUUCGUUGGGUUCCUUUUUUAUGAAAUUGUGUUGGCGUGGAAUGGAGCGACAGGGGCUGCAUGUUGUCAUUGGUUCGAGCGUGUUAGUGCCGUUUAUUAAUUGUCUUUUUUACUCUGUGUCGUGGCAGAGAAGCCAUGGCUAUCCCUGCUGCCACACAGCUUUGAUUUCCCACUCACACUCACACAAUCACACACACACACUCUCACACGCACUUUACGCCCAGACAACUCAAAGACACCCGCGCACCCCUGAGCUAAACAAAAAAAAGAAAAGAAGACCAAGAAAAAGAGUGUGAGAAAAAGAGAAAAAAGAAAAUGUGUGGUAGGGGACGAGGGGAUCGAUAUCACCCUACCCGAACCAGUCACGUUCCGCCGUUUUCCAGCCGUUCAGCAGGUCAAGGUUUGUCGAACUCCGUAGUAAUCGCCGAAGUCAAAAGCAAUUAAGCACAUAGAUUAAAAUAAAAAAUUACAGAGAGACAUUGAUCAACAGAGAACGGACAUCCG